CCAUGAACUUCGUUCUGAAUCUCGCUCGGUACUGCACCUUCCACUUCGUCGAGAGGCUGACGAGGCUAUCUUCUCUUCGAGACACCAUGAAGUUCAGUGCUCCGAGGUCAAUAUCUCCUUCACCGGUCAGGAGAGAACCUCGGCCAACACGACGACGAUCUACGUUCGGUUUACCUCCAGACUCCUCAGACGAGGAGUACGGCCUUGCAGAGUCAGACGAAGAAUCCGUUUCUACCUUGUCCUCCUCCGCUUCCUCAGACUCGUUCUGCUAUGCUUCAGAAUCAGAAGUACCUCCUCCGCAACCAAAGCCGAGAACCGCUGGACGGUCUCUGGAGGAUCAGUACCAUAAAGAAGACACUAUUGCCUCAAUACGUCUAAGAGUGCGCCAUAAAGACCCGUACGAAGAAUGGGAACAUCAGACGAGAAGGGACGCGUUUCUUUCUGCUCGCAACCAACAGACUCGCAUCUCUUCCCAACUACGCCGUGACAAGAAGCAGUUACAUUCCAAAGAUGCCAAUCGCCUCGCCGCCCUUCACACGAAACAAAUGCAAGAAGUUGAAGCCGCUCUUGCCUCCUUCAAGUUACAACAGCAAACCGAAGAGCAGAAGCUCCGAGAACAGUGGCGAGAGCGUGACCGGCAGCUUUGGCAGCGAAUCGAGAAUGUGAUUCAGUUCGAGGAGAACAAGGUAAAGGCCAAGUUGGAGGCAGAGAGGAAGAAGCGAGAAGAGGAAGAGCGUAAGCGCAAGGAAGCAGAAUUGCAGAAACGAUUGGCAGAGGAGAAGAAGAAAGAGGAGGAAGAGAGAAAACGGAGGGAAGAAGAGGAGAAACAGAAGGAGCUGCAGAGACAGGAAGAAGAGAAGCGUAAACAGGCCGAAUUAGACAAACAGAGGGCUGAGCAUCUCAAAGCCGAGGAAGAAGAAAGGAAAAAGCUUGGUCUGACAACGGCUGAGGAUGAUUGGCGGAGGGCACGGUCAGCGUUAAAGGCGUUAAAAGCAGGACCUAUGAAGACGGUGAAAUCCAAUAAAGAGUUGAAAUCUCUCUGGAGUGCCGCUCGACGACAAAUCACCCCCAAAGUCGGGCAACUCACCGAUGACCCGCAAACAGUUUCCCGAGUUUCACAACAAAUUGUAGAGAUCAUGCGUCCAUCUCAACCAUACCCCCCAGAAGUCUAUCUCGCCCUCCUCUCCUCCCUCUCCAAGACCAUCCUCAUGCAAGCCGAAACCGAAGUGACAGCAGAGAAACACAGUGCUCUCCCAAUCGCCCAAGUCACCGUGAACCUACUCUGGACACUCGAAGGUUUCUCUGAAAUAUUCUUUGCGAAAUUAUGCCAACGCGUCGGAGGCUGGCCCAUUCCUUUCAGUAUUCCUGCAACCGACGUCGAUGGGAAGACUUUCAGCAAUGAGGAGAGGACUAAAGCGAUGGGCAUCAUGACGGUUGAUGGUCAAGAUGAAGGUCUGAGCGAACAUACAGCAAGAGUGGCAGGAAUCAUGAGGGUGUAUUUCCAUAUCCUCUUCGCACCUACACCAAAACCUCUAGACCCUCUCUUCCGACUACCCCGAUAUUGGACAUGGUUCGCCAGGAUAUUAACAGACUCAAAACUCCUCGAAUCGCCCGUAGCUCCCGAACUCAUCUCCACCGCGUUGGAAGUAGGCGGGUUCCAAGCUCGAGAUAUCUGGGGUCAACAGUGGGUCAAGCUCCUAGGUAUCCUGUACGAAGGUGUCACUACUGGCCUGCAUGGGACCGGCCGCCUGAUUGGUGGAAGCGCUGCGCCGGGCCCUGCUGCUCGUGGCCGGGCUGAAUUGGAGAUCGAACGGAUUAUGGGCGUGAUUCCUUAAAUCUUUGGAGAUGCAGGGGGGUGUAGGGGUAGUUUAUUGGCCUGGAUUUUUUACGCUUUUCAGUUGCUUGCGUUUUCGUUCGUCUUUGCAGCUUUUUGAUGGCAUAUGUAGUUGUAGUUUUUUCUAUGUCUUUCUACACUUAGCUUGUUCGCAACUAUUGAUACCUACGCAUUCUAUCACUUAGAUCGUGUCUCCCGCC